GUGUAUAUUUCCGGGAAGUGCGUCACGCUGUUGAAUAACAUUGUAAGCUAGCUCAGAGCGUUAUGAGUAAAUAAACGCGUGAAUCUGAAAUAAAACAUCAGCAAUGCUUGUUCAGUAAUUAGCAUUAUUAUGUGCUAAUCGAGGUUAUGGCGGCGGCGUUGUUGCAGCAUUGUGUUCGCCUUCGUACAAAAAAUCCAAGAGGCUUAGCUUGGACGUGGUCAAGGCAAAAGUGUCACAUAUUAAACAACAGGGCGACGACCAGCUGCAGUCUCAACAAUGUGCUCUUAAGAAAGAUGCUUUUUGCAAUGUCCGAGAGGAAUCUUACUGGACAGCCUCGAAAACUAAUCCAAAGUAUUCUCCACAGACCAUUGAGUCCCACACUGGCUGGAGUCAGCGGAGAUUUAGUACGGAACCACCUGCUUAAAAAUCCAGUGUGUUUAUUAAAUUUAUUAGGGGCAACAAACUUCUUCAGUACAUCCCAGUCAAAACAAACAAAAGAUAAAAACAAUGAACCAAGCGGGGGGAAAAAAGAGGAAGAUGAAGAGGAAAAGAAGCGGCGCGAGCAGGAGGACCAGAUGUACCGAGAGCGCCUGCGGACCCUUUUCAUAAUCGCGCUCAUCAUGAGCCUGCUAAACUCUAUAAACACCAGCGGUGGUAACAUCUCUUGGAAUGACUUUGUCAAUGAGAUGUUGGCUAAGGGAGAGGUGUCACGUGUCCAGGUGGUUCCUGAAAGUGACAUUGUUGAAAUCUACCUUCACCCCGGGGCGGUCAUCUUUGGCAGGCCUAGGCUUGCACUCAUGUAUCGAAUGCAGGUCGCCAACAUAGACAAAUUUGAGGAGAAGCUGAGGGCUGCUGAGGAGGAGCUGAAUAUCGACGCAAAGGACCGGAUACCUGUCUCAUACAAACGCACCGGAUUCUUUGGAAACGCAGUGUAUGCUCUUGGGAUGGCGGCGAUCGGCGUGGCUAUUCUCUGGUACAUAUUUCGUCUGGCGGGUAUGGGUGGCAGAGAAGGUGGCUUCAGUGCAUUUAAUCAGCUGAAGAUGGCUAAAUUCACCAUUGUGGAUGGCAAGUCUGGGAAAGGUGUGAGCUUUAAAGACGUCGCGGGCAUGCACGAGGCCAAGAUAGAAGUGAAAGAAUUUGUGGACUACCUCAAGAAUCCUGAACGAUACCUCCUUCUGGGCGCCAAGGUACCAAAGGGGGCUUUGCUGCUUGGACCGCCAGGCUGUGGAAAAACGCUGCUGGCGAAGGCAGUUGCCACAGAGGCGCAGGUCCCGUUCCUGGCAAUGGCCGGCUCUGAAUUUGUCGAGGUCAUUGGAGGUCUGGGUGCCGCCAGGGUGAGGAGCCUUUUCAAGGAGGCUCGUGGCCGGGCGCCUUGCAUCGUCUACAUCGAUGAGAUUGAUGCUGUAGGAAAAAAGCGCUCAACCAACAUUUCUGGCUUCUCCAAUACCGAAGAGGAGCAGACCCUCAACCAGCUGCUAGUUGAAAUGGAUGGGAUGGGAACAACUGACCAUGUGAUUGUCCUGGCCUCCACAAACAGAGCAGACAUCUUGGACAAUGCUCUGAUGAGACCUGGCAGAUUGGACCGACACAUCUUCAUCGAUCUUCCAACCUUGCAGGAGCGUAUGGAAAUCUUUGAGCAGCAUCUGAAGAUCCUGAAGCUGACUCAACCAGCCAACUACUACUCCCUGCGCCUAGCUGAGCUCUCCCCUGGCUUUAGUGGCGCGGAUAUUGCUAACAUAUGUAACGAAGCUGCCCUGCAUGCUGCCAGAGAGGGUCAUAAAUCAAUUGACACUUUCAACUUUGAGUAUGCAGUGGAGAGAGUAAUCGCAGGAAGCGUGAAGAAGAGUAAGAUACUUUCCAAAGAGGAGCGGAGGGUGGUUGCCUUCCACGAAUCGGGUCACGCGUUAGUCGGAUGGCUGCUUGAGCACACAGAGGCAGUCAUGAAGGUAUCCAUUGCGCCUCGGACAAAUGCGGCCCUGGGAUUUGCCCAGAUCUUGCCCCGGGACCAGUACCUGUUGACCAAGGAGCAGCUGUUUGAGCGCAUGUGCAUGGCUCUGGGAGGAAGGGCUGCGGAAGCCAUUACCUUUAACAGGGUUACAACAGGAGCUCAGGAUGACCUGCGCAAAGUGACGCGGGUGGCCUACUCAAUGGUGAAGCAGUACGGCAUGUGUAACAGCGUCGGCCAGGUGUCGUUCCCCGAAACGGAGGAGCAAGGAGCCAUUGGCCGUCGACCUUUCAGCCAAGGACUUCAGCAUCAGAUGGACCUCGAGGCAAAGAUGUUGAUCGCCAGCGCCUACCGCCAUACAGAAAAGCUGCUCAUCGACAACAGGGAUAAGUUGACCUUGUUGGCCAAUGCUCUGCUAGAGCGGGAGGUGGUGAACUACGAUGACAUCGAGGCUCUGUUGGGUCCUCCGCCCCACGGGCCAAAGAAGAUGAUUGUCCCACAGAGCUGGGUGGAAGCUCAGAGGGACAAGCAGGACACGGGCGAAGACGAACCGCAGCCGAAUUCGCGCGGACGACGCAGCGAAGGCGACAUGAAUCCGGAGAUGGUCUGAAGUAUAAUCAUGAUUAUUAUUAUUUUUUUUUUUUUUAAAUCAUUGAGUGACUAGAGGUUUAGAAAAUAUGCAAACGAUUCUCACAUCAUGUUAUCAAAUACUGUGGUGUGCUCGGUCUAGUUCAGGAGACGCAAACUGAAUGUCAGAGAAGAUCUCAAGUUUUUUUUUUUUUUUUGUAACCGCCUAUCAAGUGUGCCAGUCAGCGAGGCAGCAGAAAGAAAAGCUUCCGUGGGACGACUUUUCAAUACAGUGCCUCGAGAAGUUGGUAACUUAUUUCAGGCUACCUGCUAAAAUGUUUUCUGUGGGAAUCGUUUGACCUUUUUUGGAGGGGGCGUGUGCACUUGGAAGCAUUGUGAUCUGUAUUUUAUGGUUUGAAAAUAAAAAUGGGUUGCGAUGAAUUGAAGAA